AGCAACCACCGCUCCUCAUCUGAGCUCCGUCGAGAAACCAACAAAGGAUCCAAAAAGAGUCAGACGCCCAAGCCACCAUGGCGAACCCAUCCCCGAGCUCGCGGUCGUCGUGCGCGGCUCCCAGUGGCACCAAGCUCACCUGCCUCUGCUCGCCGACCAACCACCCGGGCUCCUUCCGCUGCACUCGCCACCGCAACCCGCGGGGGCGACCGCAGACGUCCUCGCCGCCGUCGUCCGGCCGCCCGUCGCAUCAGUCGGCCGCUUCUGGCGCGAGCGCGACGGUGCGCGUCGAGGGGAUCGUCAGGAGCGGCGGUGUCGGCACGGGCGGCAGGACCGGCAAGGGCCGGUUCGUCCUGCGCGCGCACCUGCUGCGGCUGGUCAGCCCGCCGUCCUCCGACGGCCACGACCACCGCCGCUGCCGCGACUUCAAGCCCCGCCCGUCCAGGCUGGGGCGCCUAGCCGUGACCGCGUGACGGGGGCCGGCCGCCGCUGCUUACCUGCUCUGCUUCGCAGCUGGUAGUACGCAGCUCACUAGUCACUAGUGGUGAACGGUGCGCCUCUAUUUCGCGCGCACCGACGCUUGGAUCCGUUUAUCUCGGAGCUAGGAUCGAGUACUACUCUGGAAUCAAUGCUUUGUCACGGUGCUGAUAAUUACUACUCCUUGUAUGAAUCUCUACACAUGUUCCUAGUAAUUUUUGUAGAGGAAUGCAACAGAUUAGUAGUUUCUGUGUUAUCUAACUUAUUACUGUGCUUACCUUUGUGCUGUUCUGGGGAUUUACUAAUGGACGAGAAUGGUACAAAUUCUCAGGGUUUUUUCUACAGCAGAA